AUGUUGCAACCAGUCUCUGUUUUGCCAUUGCCGGUCACUCAGUCCAAUAGCGCCGUGAUGGGCACAUUGAUUGCGGCUGCUAAUCCAGAAAGGAAAUACUAUACGCUGCUGCCCUCGAUAACGGAUACUCAUUUGAUGGAGGAUGACCUGAAACAAAGGCUCAACAAAUGUGCUUUCGAUCCUCCGACCAGACCCCUGACGUACAACAUUCCCACGCCGUCGUCGACGCCGACGCCGGCUCAGUUCGGUGCGUAUACCAUUGGUGCAGCUACCGCGCCUGUUUCGCCAAACAGCAGCGUUUACAACAGCGGGAGCGAGUCGUGUCCGUCUUCGUCGCCGGCUGCCACCACGAAAAAGAGGAAGAAGUCGCUAAGAAGCCCGAAAGGUGGCGUUACUGAGGUCGAACAGAGGCGCAGGCACGUCUGUAAAGUUUGUUCCAAGGGAUUUACCACCUCGGGUCAUUUGGCAAGACACAAUAGAAUACAUACGGGUGAGAAGAACCAUUUUUGCCCUUUUGAGGGUUGCAAUCAACGGUUCAGCAGGCAUGACAAUUGUAUUCAGCACUACAGAACGCAUUUGCGCAAGAAAUAA